AUGACUCGAAAUAAAUUCUCCUCCCUGCGUGACCAACUUGUCCAAGGAAAACUCCUACUCCCAGGAGAUGAAGGAUAUGACCAAAGUCUCGAAAGAUGGAGUCGCACUUGUGUCAAGCCUGCUGCUGCUGUAGCCCAACCCAGGACUGCUGAAGAAGUUAGUGCCGUUGUCAAGUUCGCAACUUCGAACGGGAUCAAGUUCAAUGUUAAAGGAGGCGGCCACAGUUCCUCGCAGACAUCCAGCUCUCCGUCACCCGAGGGCAUGGUCCUAGAUCUUUCUCUCAUGCGUGAUGUCUCGGUUGACGCCGACGCACAAACCAUCACUUAUGCGGGAGGCUGCUUGUGGAAAGACGUGGAUGAUGCCCUCUGGGCCAAAGGACUGGCUACCGUAGGAGGAACAGUCUCCCAUACAGGCGUCGGCGGUCUCACCCUUCACGGAGGCUAUGGUGUCUUGAGUGGACUCCAUGGACUGGCCAUCGAUAACAUGAUUGCGUGUCAAGCUGUUUUGGCAGAUGGAAGCAUCGUGACUGCAUCAGCCUCAGAGAACCCGGAUCUCUUCUGGGCACUUAGAGGUGCUGGUAGCAGCUUUGGUGUUGUGACACAAUUCACCAGCAAAGCACACCCACAAGGAGACAUCUGGGGAGGUAUGGUCUUGUUCUCCCCGGACAAACUUCCAGCUAUCAUUGAUUUCACAAACACAUGGGGAGCUACCAAUGAUGGCAGACAGAUCCUCCUUGUUGCAUUUGGACAUGCUCCUCCUGGCCCAGACCCCAAUGCACCCAGACCCCCUAUUGUCGUUGUGCGAAUGGCUCAGGUCGGGGAUAACCCAUCCGAAGAAGGUCCCAAAUACUUUGCCCCCAUCUUGGAAAUGGAAGCAUUGAUGCAGGAGAUCGGGCCCAUGCCUUACCCUGUAAUCAACCAGGUUGCAGACGGCCAGAUGAAGCACGGAAGCCGGUACUUACUUGGUGGUUCCAACUUCACCCUUCCCAUGAAGCUCUCUACCGCCGAGGCGAUGCGCAAUCGCUUCCAUGAGUUCACCGAGCGCACGCCAGACGCUACCGAAUCCGUGGUGUUGAUUGAAUGUAUACCGAACCAAAAAAUCAGGGAGAUUCCUGUCGAGUCAACGGCCUUUAACUCGCGUGGAAAGUACUUCAUCAUGGGAUUCAUGUACAAGUAUGAGGAUGAAAGCCUUGAUACGGAGAUUCGCCAGUUCAACCGUACUUUUCAAACUGAGGUUCGCAAGUUGGGAUAUAACGACGAAACCCUCGCAGAUGGUAUUGGCAAUUACCUUAACUAUGCCAACACUGGGAACAUUUCGGCCGAGGAAGCAUUUGGGUCACAUUCAAAGCGAUUGGUGAGUUUGAAGAAGAAAUAUGAUCCUGAAAAUGUCUUUGACAAACUGUGGAAAUUGGUUGGCAAGGUUGAAGACAACUGGAUUGCUUAA